AAGGAAAGAGCGAGAGAGAGAGAGAGAGAGAAAAAAGAAGAAGAAGAAUUUGAGGCGAUUGGGUAAGCGAUGCACAUCGUCUUCUCUGUCGAUGAUUUGACCGAAUCCUUCUGGCCUGUUCCCGCUCCGGCGCCGUCGCCGGGAUCGUCAUCGACUCCGUCACCGACGCAGAACGUGGCGGAUGGGAUGACUCGAAGUCAAUCGGAGUGGGCGUUCCACAGGCUUAUCAAUGAGUUGUCUGGUUCCGAUUCGAGCCCUACGACUAACACAAUCGAGAGAUCACCUCCACCGGUUCAGUCUCUUUCGAGAUUAGAAGAAACCGUUGACGAAACCGAAGAUGUUGUUGAGAUUCAGAAACCGCAGAAUCAUCGACGGCUCCCUGUUGAUGAUCAAGGGAAGAAUCGGAAUCGUGCUCCGUCGUCUGAUCCGGUUGAUUCUUCAGCUCCUGUUGUUGUUGAUCCUAAUCAGUAUCAUGCGAUUCUUAAGAGCAAGCUCGAGCUUGCUUGCGCUGCUGUUGCUCGUCGUGUGGGAACUGUGAAACCGGAAGAUUCGAGUGCUUCAGCUAGCAAUCAAAAACAAGCUCAAGGCUCCAUUGUGGCACAAACCUCACCUGGUGCUUCAUCUGUUAGAUUUUCUCCCACAACAAGCACGCAAAAGAAACCUGAUGUUCCAGCCAGACAAACUAGUAUUUCAUCACGAGAUGAUUCUGAUGACGAUGAUCUUGAUGGAGACGCAGAUAAUGGAGAUCCUACUGAUGUGAAGCGUGCUAGGAGGAUGCUCUCAAACCGAGAAUCCGCUAGGCGCUCUAGGAGAAGAAAGCAAGAACAAAUGAAUGAAUUUGAUACACAGGUUCGGUCUUUUAUUAGUUGCUCAUACAUUUAUACAUUUCUCGAGUCUUUCUUACUUUUCAACAGUCUUCAGGGGUUUAUAGGUAAAGUUUUUACCAAUUGUAGGUAGGCCAAUUAAGAGCCGAGCAUUCAACUUUAAUUAAUCGUCUUAGUGACAUGAAUCAUAAGUAUGAUGCAGCUGCUGUUGACAACAGAAUUCUAAGAGCUGAUAUCGAAACUUUGAGAACAAAGGUUAAGAUGGCAGAGGAAACUGUGAAAAGAGUGACAGGAGUGAACCCUUUGCAUUGGUCAAGACCAAACAUGGGCAUACCAUUCAGCAACACACCGAGUGCUUCCUCUAGUAUUCCGCCAAACUCUAACCACAUUUUGAAACCAGCAAAUUCAAGUACCAACACCAGUGCUGGUUUAGCACAAAAUCAGAGAGUGGAGACGGCAAAUUUCUUGCCGGAACAGGUGAACCGUGAAGGCAUGCAGAAUCCAUUUGCUCCUGAUUCUAAUCUGUAUGAAACCCUACCCCAUUGGAAUCACAAGCAUUAACCAGAAAAAGAGUCAUUGGUUUUGUGAUUUUGAUUGAGGUAACUAUUGUCUGUAUUUUUAUUUACUGUAUGACUCAGCGACGGUAAACUCUUAAUAUUAUAUAUAUGAUUGGACAUGAUGGAAGAAUGUAUAAGCUAUCGUGCUUCUAAGGCAAAUCGAAGUUGAAAUGGUCGUAGACGUAAUCACGU